GAGUGUUCGCUCCUUCUGUUUCCGUGUCUGGGAGGAGAACAGCGGUGUGAUUUCACAGCCCAUCUUCUCUCCGUCAAAAUGCAGGACCCAAAUGAAGACACAGAAUGGAACGACAUCCUGAGGAAGAAAGGCAUUCUUCCUCCUAAAGAGACACCGAAGGAGGAUGAAGAGGAGGAGGAGCUGGCUCUUCAGCAGCAGUCAGUCGUUAAAACGUAUGAGAGCAUGACGCUGGAAGAGCUGGACGAGAAUGAGGAUGAGUUUGGUGAGGAAGACGAGGCGGCCAUCGAGAUGUACAGACAGAAGCGUCUGGCAGAGUGGAAGGCGACUCAGAUAAAGAACGUGUUUUCAGAGGUCGUGGAAAUCUCGGGUCAAGACUACGUGAAGGAGGUGAACAAGGCUGGAGAAGGGAUCUGGGUCGUGCUGCAUCUCUACAAACAGGGCAUCCCCCUGUGCACCCUUAUCAACCAGCACCUGAGCAUCAUGGCCAAUAAGUUUCGCCAGACCAAGUUCCUCAAGUCCAUCUCCACCACGUGCAUCCCCAACUACCCCGACCGCAACCUGCCCACCAUCUUUGUUUACUUUGAGGGCGAGAUGAAGGCGCAGUUCAUCGGCCCUCACGUCUUUGGAGGCAUGAACCUCACAGUUGACGAGCUGGAGUGGCGGUUAUCGGAAUCCGGGGCGGUGAAAACGGACCUCGAGGAAAAUCCCAGGAAGCAGGUCGAAGACAAGAUGAUGACGUCCAUCAGGUCUUCGCUCCCGACGCGAAAAGACAGUGACUCUGAGGACGAGGACGAUUAGAAACGCGCACUCUGUUACACUGGUGUGUUUCAUGUUGUUACCACGCAGGCAGGGACGGAUCCUGCUCAAGGGAACUGCGGGCAGGACAGGAUCAGAGCGACACUGUGGCGUUGAACCCUCCAUGAGAACCACAGAUAACUUUAAUCUCGUGCUCGGUGUUUGUACGCAAGCAUCACAGACGAAUGUCAAGUGUUUGUUUGUUUUUUUUUAUUAUGUUUCAUCAUCAUUUUGGCACAAAAAUGUACAUUUCCAUCCAAACCUGUGAAAUGAAAUGUGAGUUCACCUCUUUGCCACAACAAUCGUCACCACUUUUAUUUUAUUGUGUUUGCUAUAAAGGAUUCACACAAGAA